UCGUGUGUGCAUGCCACGCAUAGUUUGGCUUGUUCUUCGUCGUAUUCUUUCAGUGGUAAUUUGUGACAAGUAAGAAUAAAGUCUGUUUGCUGUAGACCGUGGAAGCUCCUUCAAAAUGCCGACUAAAAUCAGUGAUUACGAAGUAAUCUGCACCAUAGGAUCGGGUUCGUAUGGGAAAUGCAAGAAGAUUAGAAGAAAAAAUGAUGGAAAGAUCCUAGCCUGGAAGGAGAUCGACUAUGGCAGCAUGUCGGAAACGGAGAAACAGAUGCUGGUUUCUGAGGUGAAUCUACUCCGAGAGCUUCGCCAUGAGUUCAUUGUCCGCUACUACGACCGCAUCGUUGAUCGGAACUCUACCACUAUCUAUAUCAUUAUGGAAUACUGUGAAGGUGGGGACCUGGGAAGUCUCAUCUCACGAUGCAGAAGAGACAGGAAAUACCUGGAAGAAGACUUCGCCUGGAAGAUCCUUCGCCAGAUCACAUUGGCUCUGCACGAAUGUCAACAGCGGGUUAAAGGGAGUGCUGUCCUUCAUCGUGAUCUUAAACCUGCCAACGUCUUCCUGGACACAACUCACAAUGUCAAACUCGGCGAUUUUGGCCUGGCCAGGGUACUUCAACAUGACACAAGCUUUGCCAAGACAUUUGUUGGGACACCAUACUACAUGUCACCUGAGCAAAUGAACCAUUGUUCCUACAAUGAAAAGUCUGACAUGUGGUCACUUGGUUGCCUUAUAUAUGAGCUUUGUUCAUUGAGCCCGCCAUUUACAGCCAUCAACCAGCAGAACUUGGCACUCAAGAUCAAGGAAGGCAAAUUCCGUCCAUUGCCAUCUCAAUACUCAUCAGAACUCAACGAGCUCAUCUCAAAAAUGCUGAAAACUAAUGCCGUUCUGAGACCAUCUAUUGAUGACAUCCUGAAACAUCCAAGAAUUGUAGUGCAAUGUGUUCCAAAGAAAGAGCCUCAGCCGAGCCAGUCCGGUGAUAAUUCUUCAAAGAAAACACAGGAGCUACUCGAGGCUGUUGAAAAACGAGAAGAAGCGAUGAAGAAACGCGAGGAAGCCUUGAAGAAGAGAGAAGAGUACUUGAGACGGAGAGAGGACCACCUCGAGGAGAGAUCCAGGAUGCUGGACAACAGGGAUAAGAGGAUGGCUACCAGGGAGAAACUGGCUGACGAAAAACUGACAAGGGCGGAGACGAUGCUCAGCCAGUACCAGUUGACAAGACUGAAUCUUAACGAUAGAGUGAAGGAGCUGCGCACAGAGAAAGACUUCCAUGACGAAAUCCACCCUGGCACCACCCCUAAGAGGGUCCACUUUGCUCCUCUUGCCCCUGGAAAAGAGAACAUACCACCGAGGAAGGUCACAGACCCUAACCUUAGAACAGAGAAGCGUGAAGUAGGGAAGACAGCCCAACUGAAGGAUAGAUUGUAUAAGGCCAAGAUGAGGAGCCUGGCAUUACAGAAAGAGGAACAGACAGCAAAGUAUAAGAGCAAACUUUUAAUGAACAUGAUGCGUUGAGUAAUUCCGCUUCUGGACACAGCCGACCAAUCUUCCUUGGGGUAGCUUUUGGGGUUGAGUUUUUCCGCUUCUCGACACAGCUCUGCUGACCAAUCUUCCUUGGGGUAGCUUUUGUAAAAAACCAAGAGAGAUAGAAAUAGAGGAAUAGCUUGAUUUUUAUUGAAGGCUUCUGAAAGUCCAAUCAUAAGCUGCACUUUUUAGUCAGAUGGGGUGAUGUGUUUUCAGCUUUGAUUUGUGUGUUGAGUGACCAUUUUUAAAGACCAUUUCUAUUUAUUAAAAAAACAAUAAUGUAAAUACACCAAAGUUGUACAUUUACUAUUAAGGUUGUGAAUACAGUGUACAAAUUUGAUCCUUAUUAAUUUCUGAGAAAAUUAUUGUGUACAUAGAAGACAUAAUCUUAAAAUAAAUCAAUGAGUUUGUACUAAAUUUUUACAACUGCACAUAACUAAGGUUUUUUACCACCAAUCACUGCCUUUAUUGCCAUUUCAAGGUCAAAUUUAAGAACUUAGAAACUCCAACUUUAUUUUAACACAAUACAACUGAAAUGUGCUAACAUGCAAAUCUGCUCAGGUUUGCUUUAAUAAAUUGUUUUGCAUCAUAAAAAGAACUUCAAAAUGUUACUGAUAAUCUACGGGGCCACUCUUGGUUGAACAGUCCAAUAAAUUCUUUGUAAGAAGGACAAACUUUGUCUUUUGCUCCAUAACUGUUGAUAGCACAGCAAAUAAAUUAUCAUUGUAUCUUAACUAUUUCAACAGUUUUUGUGGGAAAAAAUUCAUUUAAAUGUCACAUUGGAUUCUUGGAAGUUAUUGAUUUCCAUUUUCAAUACAGACAUGGUUUAUUAAAGUGCAAAAAGAGUCAUCAGACGAGAACUACAUGUAGUGUUAUUCUGUCCCUUGUUUUGAUAAUGGGUUCUUUCUGCUGCAUCUUGUUGCAUUAAAUAGUGUUUAACUUUGAUUUGAAAAGUUUUUGUUUUUAAACUUGUUUUAAUGCACACCUACAACUCUAUACAUUUUACAAAUAAAAGAUUUGUAAAUAAUAUCGCUCUAAACACAAACUGAGAUUUUACGGUGUCCCGUGUGUUUGAAUUUUGUUGUUUAUGUUUUUCUAACAAUUGAUAGCACUGUACAUUUUGCUAGCAUGUACUUCGAUAGUUGGAGGACGUAGAUCUUGUAGAUGCAAUCUGGUACACCGUUAUGUUUUUAAAAACCACAGUUGUGUCUCAAAUCCAAUUAUUUUUAUGCCGUAACAUCCCCUUCAUUUGUAAAAAAUUAACAUCCCAUUGAGCCCAUACAGCAAAUGAAAUAACAAAACAGUCAUGAAGUAUUUGUGGCACUUCCUCCGCAGGGCACUGGAAUCCAUUGCUUUAGUGUCAGAGUUGAUGUGGUGAUCACUUCAUGUCAAUGUUCCAUUGUGAC